CCGGCAAAAGACAACACUCCGCCAUGUACAAGCUCGUGAUCUUCGCCGUCCUGGUGGCCGCCGCAGCCGCCGCCCCCGCCCCCGCCCCCGGCUACCUGGGCUCUCCGCUCGUCGCCGCCCCCGGCUACCUGGGCGCUCCCCUGGUCGCCGCCCCCGGCAUCGCCACGUACACCGCCGCCUACUCCGCCCCCGUGGCGAUCCCCGCCCCCGCGGUCUACGCCGCCCCCGCCCGCGUCGCCUACUCCGUGGAGCCCGUGGAGCAGCACGGCUACAAGAUCGUCUACUAGGCGCCGCCCCCAGACAUGCCUAAUCCUUCACCCUCACAUUCCCCCAAGAUUGAAUACCCAUGAUAUUAAUUUUAUUGCCUCGUAGUAAAUAAACGUCCUCCGCACCCAACAAGUGUAUUAUUUACAAAAAACCACAUGUACCUUAUGAGAAAUAUGUCUACAUCAAACUACACUACAAAAUUGUAAGGUGAAAAAAACGCCAAACGUCUAAAGCUCGAUUUUUGAGAGUUUUCAGUCACACGGGUUCGCAAAAUGCAAACAGGCCUUUGAACAAAUAAUGUAUUUAUGGGGGGAAACUGGACAUUUUUUUUUUCGAUUUAGAAUCACAGUUAUUUUCAAAGUUUUUUUUUUUUUAUUAUUGACAACUAUCCUAGGACCAAUGAGAAUGCAGCUGCUGUACUACUGAACAUUCGUGGUUUUAGAUGAUGGUUUUUUAACUUUAUGAAAUUUGAAUGGCAAGGGGAAACUUAUUUGAUCUUAUGCACUACGAAUUAAAUAAAUUUGAAUGAACGGACAUAGACUAAUUCCGUGACAAUCAAACAUUUUUAUCUUUCACAAACCCUUGUGCUAUAAAACAAAAAGAAAUGACAACUACUAAAGAAAACAAAUUAGCCAACUUUUGUUCUAUCAGUAAAUGUUUUUAUUGAACCCGUUACAAAUAUUGGUUAUUUCUAACAAAUACUUAAGAUGAAUCGUAAAUGUGUAAUAAAAAGUAUAGUAUCAUAAAAACAUCUCAGAUUUUUUACUAUUAAAGUAAGUCAUCUAACAGCCGCAAAGUAUAUUAAUAAGAAAAAUGAGAAAUUACUCUAGAAUAUAAUUUGAUAUCUUUAGUUUUCAAACCCACAAAAAACUAUGUGUAGUUUUGCGAGAAUAUUUUUUAGUAUAUUUCUGUUAUUAAUGGACUAUACGAGCUUAAAACUUUUUUUAAACAACGAGAAAUUAUUUGGUGGAGUAAACAUCUUUCUCUGUGGUGACAUUAUGCAUCUGUCUCAUGUCAAAGGUCACUGGUGUAUUUUACAACCAUAUUGUUUUUCAGCAGGAAUUAUUUGUGGCGUCAGAUUUAAUUUGGGAGCUGACAAUAAAAAUGUG